AUGGCUUCCUCGUCGAUACCAGCAACUCCACUCCUGUAUAGUGCUAUAGCAUACCAUAACACAAUCCUCACCGAACACACCGCCUCCGCGGCCUCCAACGCCGCCUCCAUCGCCAGCCUCAUCCUCCCCAAAAUCGAACACACAUCCCCGUCGAAACAAACAUACACCCACAACCAAACCUUCAUCCACUACAUCGCCGACGCCCCUCCCUCCUCCUCCAACCCAUCCAACCUCUCAGCAGGCGGCCUAACCUACCUCGUCGUCGCGCGCUCAGAGCUCGCCAAACGGCUCCCCUUCGGCUUCCUCGUCGAGAUCAAGAAACGCUUCUGCAGCAGCUAUGACCCCGAACGGACAGACUUCUCCGCGCUACCCGCGUACGGUGCGGCGGCGUUUAACGCGACGUUGAAACAGUUGAUGGUGGAGUACGGGACCACGAAAGCUGGGCAGGAAGACGCUUUCACGAAUGUGCAGAACGAGAUUGACAAUGUGCGCGGUUUUAUGACGGAGAAUAUCGAGCGAGUCCUGGAGCGUGGGGAGAGGAUUGAUUUAUUGGUGGAUAAGACGGAUCGGUUGGGCGGCUCGGCGAGAGAUUUCCGGGUGCGGUCGCGAGGGCUGAGGAGGAAGAUGUGGUGGAAGAAUGUGCGGUUGAUGGUGCUGUUAGCGGUUGUGUUGGUAUUUCUGGUCUACCUGCUGGUUGGCUUUGGUUGUGGACUUCCGGCGUGGGGUCGGUGUGUCCACCGGUAG